UGAGGCGCUGCCCUCUAGUGGUUAAUAAAGUUAUGACCGGAAGGGCGGCAUGAACUGCAUGUGUCCUUCAUUAAUCUUAAUUAAUGAUUUUCGCUAUUAAAUUUGAAUACUUUGCGAUUACUACUGCAAACACAGGGUAAGAAUUUACUAGUGAAGUUAGGAAAUGGAAAAUGUUGAUGAAAAUGAUCAACCCAGAAGCAUUGGGAGACAAAACUCUCAUUUGACAACAGCCUCAUUUAAUUACAAGAUCAUCAUCAUUAUAGCAGUUCUUGGUCUUCUCCUAAUACUUGGUGCUGUAUCGUCACUCUGUGCAGUUGGGAUCUUGUAUUACAAUAAAGUUGCUUCCACUGCGAAAUUAAGUGAAAAACAUGAAAAUGCCACAGAAAAACUGAUUGUCCUAGAAAACAAAGUCAAGGAAAAAGACAGAAAGUAUGAAAUGCAAAAGAUGAAGCAUCACGAGCUUGUCUCUCCCUGCAAUGAGACAGAAAGACCUUAUAAAGAACUGAUGUCAAAGCAUCAUGAUCUCGCCUUCGCAUGCAACAAGUCAGAACAACAGUAUGAAAAGCUGAAGAUGAGGUAUCAACGAGUUCAUGAACUUCUCUCUGUAUGCAAAGAAAUCCAAACCUGUUCGCUUUGUGAGAAAGGAUGGAAGUCGCUUGGUUUGAAGUGUUACUACUUCUCCACUUCUAAACUGAACUGGACUCAGAGUAGAGAUGAGUGUGUGGAGAAAGGAGGCCACCUGGUGAUUAUAACCAGCCGAGCUGAACAGGAUUUUGUAGCUUCGCAUAUUCAAAUAACGCACUGGAUUGGCCUGAAUGACUUGGACACUGAGGGACAGUGGAUGUGGGUGAACAACCGUUGUUAAAGCAGAUGAGCGUAAUGUUCUGGUAUACUGCUCCAGAGGGACCACAUGAGCCUGAUAACUGGAAAAUGCGAGAUCCUUUUGGAGAGAAUUGUGGUGCUCUGGGGGAUGAGAAUGGUAACAUACAUAAAUGGUUUGACGCUUCGUGCAAAAGGUUAAAAAGGUACAUCUGUGAAAAGUAAAGCACUUUCUCCUUUUACUUGCAUUGCAGUUACUUUUGUAAAUACAUCAUGUUUAGCUGUGGAUUGUGUUUUAAACAUGAAAACGACCAGCUUUACUUUUUAAUACAUGGCUCAUUUGUGACAGAAACGCAUCUUUCACUGCACUGUAAAACAGCAUUGAAUUUUUAACUCGCUUCAACCUCUAGAUGUGAGAGAUUGAUUUGUAUUUUUCCCUGCUGUAUUGUAGAAGUACUCUUCUUUUAAAAGUUAUUCAUUCAGUUCUAAUAACUCAAAUGAAUAACCUGCAUGAGAGAUUUUUUUUCCUUUAAUUUAUCCUUUAUUUCUGUAUACAUCGCAAUUUAUUGUUGGUUUAUUCUAGAUUUAUUUUAAAGUUGCUUUUGAAUAACCAUUAAGAGAAAAAUGUGUGUUUAAAAUAUAAUGUUUGUCUUUUUUUGCAUGUCAAUAUCUAGCAGACUAAAACAUCCAAUUUGGAUGUUUUUAACUCUCAGUAUACUGUAGAUUAAGGGAACAUUUAGGUUCUCCUUUUAAUUUGUCAUUCAUCUGUAAGUACUAAUGCUAUGUUCAUUUACUGAUGGUAGUGUGUAUUGUGUAGGCUAAACUAGAUUUAAUGUUAAGUUGCUUUCAAUAACUACAAAUUAAAAGAUUAUAUAUACUGAAA